UACACUGUCUAUCAGGGAAAAUGCUUUGGUGUGUGACUCUUAUUCUUGUCAGCUUUAUCGAAUUUCGAUCAGAGAGUUUACAGGUGGUUGGUCCAGAAGCUCCUCUUGUUGCUCUAUCUGGUGAAGAUCUGGUUCUGCCCUGUUUUAUCAAACCCAACACCAGUGCUGUGGACAUGACAGUGGAGUGGUUCAAACUAUAUGUAGAAGACUCAUUAGUGCAUCUCUACAGAGAUCAUGAAGACAAAAAUGAAGGUCAGGCUAAGUCCUACAGAGCAAGAACAUCACUGUAUAAAGAGGAGCUACAGAAAGGCAACACUUCACUCAAACUCUCAGAUCUCAGAGUCUCUGAUGAAGGAGAAUAUAAGUGUCUUGUUGAGGACAAAUCCUGGUCCGAUGACAUCACUGUGAACGUCAUUGUAGAGGCUCAGGGAAGCCACCCCGUGAUAAUGAUGGAGAGUUAUGAUAACUCAGGAGGGAUUAAUCUAGUGUGUGAGUCCAGAGGCUGGAACCCUGCACCUGAUGUUCUGUGGCUGGACAGAGAAGGAGUCACUCUGACUGCUGAAGAUACACAGAUACACAGAGACACUGAUCUCUUCAGUGUGAAAAGCCACAUCACUGUUUAUGAUUAUAGCGACUCUAACAGGUUUUACUGCAGACUUCAGCAACGUCAUCACAUGCUGGAGACAGAGAUUAUCAUCAAUAGUAAAGUCUUUGAUGCUUGGAAGUGGAUUGUUGGGAUUUCAGUUUCAGCAUGUCUAAUUGCCAUCGGAAUGAUCGUAACUGCAGUUUGUCACAAGAAAAAGAUGCAGAAGCAGUCCAAAGAACUGCAGAGACUGAGUGUGGAAUACGAGUUAUUAAAGAAGAAGCAGUAUGCAGUGGAUGUGAAUCUGGAUCCUGAUACAGCAAAUCCAUUUCUCAUACUGUCUGCUGAUGGAAAACAAGUGACACAUGGAGACAUACGACAAAAUCUCCCUGAUACACCACAGAGGUUUGAUACAAGGCUCUGUGUUCUGGGAAAGCAGAGUGUCUCUUCAGGGAGAUUUUAUUUUGAGGUGCAGGUCAGAGGGAAAACUGACUGGACAUUAGGAUUCGUGAGAGAGAACAUUAACAGGAAGGGGUGGAUUAUAGAGACUCUUCAGUAUGGAUUUUGGACUGUGGCUCUGAAGAAUGAGAAUCAGUAUCAGGCUUGUGUUGGUCCCCCUGUCCUCCUCACACUGAGAGAGAAGGUGGAGGUUGUGGGGGUGUUUGUGGAUUAUGAGGAGGGUCUGGUCUCCUUUUAUGAUGUGAAGUCCAGAUCUCAUAUCUACUCUUUCACUGGUCAGUCUUUCACUGAGAAACUCUAUCCAUUCUUCUAUCCAGGUUUAAAUAAAGAAGGUGAAAAUUCAGCACCACUGAUCAUCUCUUCAGUAUUUAAGACUGAAUGAAUUUUCACCUCACAAAUUUAAUCAUCUAUUAAAAGUUGAGAAUAAAAAGAAACAUUUUAAUAUUAAUAUUAUUUCAGCUCAGUGCAUGUAGUUAAAUUAAAACAAAUGAAUAAUGAAUGUCCUCUUAACAAACAAUAACUGAAAGAAGCUGCAGUACAAGUUUGAAAGCAUCACAAAAAAAAUCGGAUGUUGUAGCCUAGUGGUUAAGGUUACUGAUCAGUUGGCCAUGAGUUUGACUCCUAGGUCCCCCAA